AUGGACAGUCAACUGCAAAGAGAGGGUCGACUCAUACUAUUGGUGGACAAGCAGUGGAGGGAAGACAUGAAGCAAUUGCCAAACGAAGAGAUAGCGGUUCCAGUGCUGCAAUUGCCAGACCCGGAGCCCGACAACGGCAACCCUAACGACACACUCAAAGACCUGGAGCUCAAGUGGACUGAUCUCGCGCUCAAUCGCAUCACUCAUAGGGACAACACUCACACCAACACUCACUCCAAUCACAUCCACGAAUAUGUGAUGACAGAAGAAGUGGACCCGGAAUCAGAACUUUGUGGAGAUCUCGUGAUUGACGCCGCCGUCUCUGCGGACGAUGGCAUUGAUUACAUAUUUAAAGGGCACUCGUAUUGGAUAUUAGACACACAACUGGGUAUUUCAGAAGAGUCGGGGCAUUGGAUUAGUGAGCGGUGGCCCGGAUUGGCCACACCUGUUGACGCGGCCUUCACUAUGCAGGACAACACAUUUGGAUUGUCAACCGUUUUCAUUAAAGGAAACCAAUGGUUUCUUUUCAAUAAAAACAAACUCCAAAGCAAUGGUUCGACCAAAGAGUGGGAAAAGUUUCCCGAAUAUACAAUUAUGGCUGCAUUUAAUUAUUACAAUAAGUCGAUUGAAGUGAAAAACCAACAGAUCUUCUUCAUCUAUAACGAGGACUACUUCUCUAUCUAUCUGUUCCGUGACAUACAUAAGCCGUCGUAUCAGAAGUCCAAUAGAGCGCGAAGAAUAGGCAAAUUCUUUUACUUCUUAGGGGAACCGCUCAAGAAUUAUACGCAAACUCUUAGGGAUUAUAUGAAUGUCAGAGCAGUUGUUAUCAAGAAAAAUGUCACCUUUUUUGGUGACCAAGAUCUUUGUAUUGGAAACACUCAAGAAUCGAGUCCUCUCUGCGAAACUAUUGGCCGACAAAAAACCAAAGAAUACUAUAAGUGUCCGCGAAAAGCAAAGAGACCUAAAACCACAACCACUACCACAACCACCGCCGCCACUCUCGCCAACACAUCGUCAGACACCCUAACACCGGAUCUGUCGUCCAAUCACUCUCUUCUGUCCAAUCACUCAAUUCAUGUGACAACCGGUCGCCCUAUAGAAGACAAAUUACAGUCUUCUUCUUCAAGCGGUGAUCUGUCCACUCCUGAUAUGGAAGAAGCGGAUCAGAUCAUGGAAAAGGUCAGAUCCAAAGACGAUAUCGACGCUUAG